AGAUACCCAGCUCGCCAAUCACAGUUACCAGAGACAAGGGGAGGAGGAGCGUGUGAAACAUUGGAAACUGUGGAACGACACGAAAGUCGCCUGUCCGUGAAGACAUCGCCCAGUCUUCAUUCAUCAAGACAUGUUCGCGGGAUGCAGUGUAGGCCUUGUGCGUGUGAUUGGAUGCCUAAUGGUUAUGCAUACUGCUGCUGCCUUUCCAGUCCAGAAAGAGCCUUUUGGACUGGAGGAAUCGAUAUCCAGUGACUACACUGCACGGACAUACUACGCUCAAUGGAUAAGUGACACGGCGCUGCUUUACGUGGACGAGGACAGAUUGUUCUAUUACGACCUCGACACAGCGGAGCACACAACGUUGGUGCCGAAGGAGGUGUACUCUUAUUUCAGCCCGGUAAAAAGAGCGCUGUCAAACGACUGGAGUUUCGUCCUUCUCGGUUAUGACGCAGAGAAGGUUGUCGGAAACGCGGCUGUUGCACGUUAUGUGGUCUACAGUGUUAAAGACAAUACCACAAUACACAUCGGCGAGGGCAAGCGGCUGCAGCUGGCCAAGUGGGGGCCAGACAACAGGCUGGCCUACGUGUACGAGAACAACAUCUACUACCUGCCUGAACCCACCGCCGAGCCGCUGCAGGUCACUACGGAUGGCGUGCCGAUGGCAGUCUAUAACGGCAUCGUCGACGACUACGGACAUUUGUCGCAGUCUGCCUCAAACACGGUGGGCAGGGCAAACAUGCUGGUGUGGUCCCCGGACGGCCGCCGAAUCGCCUACGGACAGUACAACGCCUCAGACGUCUACUACACCGCCUUCGAGUACUACGACUCAGCUGGGGGUGGAGACUACCAGUACACGAGGUUCCUCAAGUUCCGCUACUCCAAGCCAGGGACGCCCGUAGCCACUGUUCACCUCAGGGUCGCCACUUUGCCGCCCGAAAGAUCGACCCCAGUUGCCUUCCAAGAGCUGUUGGCUCCAACAGACGUCGUCGGACAUGACCAUAACCUCGAAGAUAUAGUAUGGACCGAUAGCGACAUUUUAAUGGCUUCAUGGAAAAAUCGAGUUGAAAACAUAAACCAGAUUGUCAGCUACAAUACUUCCAAAAAGAUGGGGCGUCUUCGUGGACAGAAGGGCCUGAAACUAGAGAGAAAGGACGGCUGGGUGGACUACAAGCAGUUGAUGCCUGGAUAUGGCAACCCUUCAACUUAUCUGAUUAUCGACUGGGAGUCGCAAGGCGAAGCUGGCAGCUUCCCACAUGUAGUCAAAGUGACGGGUACAUCGAGAACACCAAUCACUUCUGGAGAGUUCACAGUUACCGACAUAUAUGGAUGGGAUGAUAAUGGUGUAGUGUACUACCAGGCGACAGAGGAGGGGCAGCCGUCCCGCCGGCAGGUGUACUCCGUGCGGGAGGGGGCUUCCCCGCGAUGCCUCAGCUGUGACGUUUACAGCAGCGAGGGGAACCCCUGCCAGCGAGCCAGCGCCGAUUUCAGCUCCGACUACACGUGGUCGAUCUUCACGUGUCACGGCCCGGAUCCACCAGUCCUGUCUGUGCGUUACACGGCUCAAUUCGCAGAUAUCAGCAAAGACGUGGUGCUGAACUUGGACCUGCGGAGGUCGCUGUCCCUCAAGCAGCUGCCUCAACGAUUGGACGACUGGGUGGACGUGGGCGACGGCAUGCGUGCACAGGUUCGCAUGUGGCUCCCGCCUGGGCUAGACCCAGAGGGCUCCGAGAAGAGGCCCGCCAUCGUCGAUGUGUACGCAGGUCCAGGCUCGCAGCACAUAGACGACUCUUUCGAGGUGGGCCUGCACAGCUACUUCGCGACGACGCGGCGCUAUGUGUACGUGUUCAUCGACGGCCGGGGGUCUGCCUGUAAAGGCGACCGGGUGCUCUUCUCCGUCUACCGCAGGCUGGGCGGCGUGGAGGUCCAGGACCAGAUAGACGUCACAAAGCGGCUAACGGAGAAGUACCGCUUCAUCGACAGCUCGCGCGUCGCCAUCUGGGGCUGGAGCUAUGGCGGCUACGUGACGGCCAUGGGUCUGGCGCGCGACCACGAGGGCGUCUUCAGGUGCGGUGCCUCUGUGGCCCCCGUCGCCGACUGGUUGUACUACGAUGCGAAAUAUACGGAGAAAUACAUGGGGCUGCCCACUGCAGAGGACAACAAGGCAGGUUACAGUGCCAGUGACGUCACGCGACUGGCUGACAGCUUCGCCAACAAGAUGUUCCUGUUGAUCCACGGGACGGCGGAUGACAACGUCCUCUACCAGAACUCCAUGAUGCUGGCGCGCGCACUCGAGGAGGCGGGCGUUCUCUUCAGGCAGCAGACUUACCCAGAUGAAUAUCACUGGAUAAACGGAUUGAGGACUCACUUGUAUCACACUAUUGAUGCCUUCUUCACUGAGUGCUUUGAUGAACAAUCCCCAUCUCCUCUUAUGAAGAUCACUCAAUCCCCAUCCCCUCUUGUGAAGACCACUGAGUCUUCGUCUACUACUGUGAAGACCACUUAUUCCCCAUCUCCUGCUGAGAAGGCCACUCAGUCCCCAUCUCUUGCUGAGAAGAGCACUCAGUCCCAUUCUCCUGCUGAGAAGAGCACUCAGUCCCAAUCUCCUGCUGAGAAGAGCACUCAGUCCCCAUCUCCUGCUGAGAAGACCACUCAGUCCCCAUCUACUACUGUGAAGACCACUUAUUCCCCAUCUCCUGCUGAGAAGUCCACUCAGUCCUCAUCUCGUGCUAAGAUGACCACUCAGUCCCCAUCUCCUACUGAGAAGACCACUCAGUCCCCAUCUCCUUCUGAGAAGAGCACUCAGUCCCCAUCUCCUUCUGAGAAGAGCACUCAGUCCCCAUCUGCUGCUGAGAAGACCACUCAAUCCCCAUCUCCUGCUGAGAAGACCUCUCAAUUCCCAUCUUCUGCUAUGAAGACCUCUCAGUUCUCAUCUUCUGCUGCGAAGACCAUUCAAACUCCAUCUAGUGCUGUGAAGACUGCUGGGAGGCAGAUGGCAGUAGUGGUAGCAAUAUUGGCCACCCUGCAUUUUCUGUAAGACAAAGAGUUCCAGUUUUGUAUCUAUGACAUCUUCUUCAUUGGUGAGAGCCACAUGUUGAUAUGUACAACAUUGGUACAUAAUAAUUGGCCAAUUUUUCAAAGAAGAAGAAAGAUUUGGGUAAGUGGGCACAAACUGUGCAUUAGGCACAGUAACUGCCUUUGGCAACACAGUACAUUUUCAAUACAAAAAUGCUUUUACCACUAGUGCAAGAAGUAUGAGCAAGCAAAUAGUACAAGAGAGCUGUAAGUGGUGAAAUAUUAGAAACGCUGUAUACAUCAGCCUUAGUGAUAAAAAAAAGUGGUGUCAGGAUGUAGAACCCCAAGGUUUUGUGUUUUUGCACGAUUCCAUUGACCAAGUGUGGGAGAACCCCAUCCAGCAAGGAGUAGGAUCGCAAUAUGUUCGCAAGCAGUUGCUGUUUCUUGUGCAGUUUCUGGUGAUGCAGGUACAGCAGAACAAGGUACACCCCAUCUGCAGUUAUUAUUCUUAAUGUUAAUGUGCUACAAAAUUGGCAAUAACAGCACACAAACUAUAGUUUAUACUGAAGCUGGUUAGGGUUGCACACUGAAUUCUAUAGUUCGAUUGUGCUCACCAGUGUUGAAAAUAAUAGGAAGAUGGUGCAGGGUUACGUCGUUUGAGCGUAACGUAUUUUGCUCGACAUGCUGCUCUUUAGAAACUAUAUGUAAUGUCGGUAGACAGUUGCUUUUUCCCUUGCUCAUAGCUAUUAUGCUACGCAUUACAAAUGAAGGUGUCUCUUCACCGAGAAAGACAGUAGUAGGGAAGUACCGAGGGGGAAUUUUGCUUAAUUGUGGCAGCAGGGAGUGGGCAAACAACUUCCAUGUUGCCAUGUCUUAAAAUGUGUUGCUGAUGACAACAAUAAAUAAAUCUGUAUCGCCACUGAAAUGUGCCUACUUCAUACUUUGUAGGAUAGUAUUUAUCGCCGUACAGCGUUACUUAUGGUAAGAUAUCUAGAGAAGACUAAUGAGUAAGUAUCAUUGAUUCCAGGGUUUAGUACAGGCGACGGGCUAAGUGAUGCGCAGAACGCAACUGUCUGGACAUGUCCUAACAGUCUGCUGCUAAUCCAGCGAACUCUGAACAUUGGUUUCCUUUUCUCUUACGUUUUCUAUCGAAAACUUUUCAACAGAUUUCUUCAGACUGGUGAAUGAAGUUCAUAACAGCAGCAUAAAAUCCUACUUUGUAUUUACAGAUACUCUAUCGUUAUAUUUAUGAGCUGCACUUUGUCCCCUGGGCAACUUUUUCUAAUGUCAUAAUGUCUACUUAAAGUAUCGUGUGGGUGAGCUAAGUGGCGCAGUCGUGAGACACUGAUCUCGCAUUUCUGUGGAUGGCAGCUCAAAUUCCAGUCUAGCCACUAAGUUUCAGGUUUCUAUGAUUUCUUUGAAUCGCUUGGGACAUCUUCUGCAAAAGAACUCAAGCAAUUCCUUCUUUCCAAAGUCUUCGCUUAAUCUUUUAUGAGUCCAUCAUCAACAUUACGUUACUGAAUAAAUUCACAAAAGAAAAAUAUUGUUACUAAAAUUUCAAAAUUGUAACUGUGUAAAAAAUCAGUACAUAUGACACAAACAAUUUAUUAUUUUUGAUUAAAAUUAUUGUUGUAUAUGAGUAUUGAUGGGUAGUUAUAGCAACAAUGCAGAAGAUCACUGUAGUAAUACUGCUAUUUCCUUCAAACUGUUGGAUGAAAUAUUUAAGAGUAAACUAUGUAUUUGUAUGGAGUCAUGUUAUCUAGUCAAUGUAUACUAAUUUGUUCAAGUUAUUGUUCUUAAAACUGUUAUUUAUUUUCUCAUCUGCCUUUUUAUUAGAUUUAGUUACAUUAAUAUUUGCAUAAAAUCAAAAUAUACACAUUUUACAGUGAUCAGUGUAAAUAUAGUGUUGCAAAUAAAGUUUGUCAAAAUGUUGAGUUCAUAUAAAACAUGAAGCAUGAGGUGUAUUUAUCGAUACUGACACUACUAGUACAUAAAUUUCACUGACAUUAACAUAUCAGACACACCUUGCGUGAAUUCCAAAGCAUUUGCUGCUUGUACAGCACCCUGAUUAUAUUUUUGUCUGCAGAAUACAUAAAAAUGUGUUUUAGACUUAUAAUAUAUGUACUUCAGAUUUCUAAAACAAUACCUCAUUAUCUAUAGUUCAUAAUUGGAUGUGUUAGUUGAUACAGUUACUUAUAAAUAUGGUAAAUAAAAUAUCUGUCUGUAUUUGCAUUUUCCCACGUGUAACAAAUUAUCAUAAGUUAAAUAUGAGAAAAAGAAAGCUAUUUACAAACCUUUA